CCAGUCCUUCCACGCCGAGGCGCCUGCGGAAGGUGCGGGGUGAAGGGUAGUAGGGGGUCGGUAAGAGUGCCUCCCUUUUAGUGUACUUCGAAGCUUAGAUCCCUCCCCAUAGUUUUAGUGAAAUCGUCCCAUGUUUACAGUUGAUAGAAGGUGAUGUAUCUGCUUCUUUUUGUGCCACGAAUGUAGUGAUGUGUUUCAGAUGUAGCGAUGUGUUGUGAAAUGCGAAAGAUCUGAAGCCAAAGCCGCGUUUUCGAAGAUAGCGCAGAAGUAGCGUUCGUUCGUAGGCGGUGGCCGAUAGAGAGAGUGAGUGAACGAGCGAGAGAACGAUCUCGGUUGGAAAACGGGUAUUCAACAUUUUAGCCAAUGACCCUGGAUUCUCCUUUCCUACCUCCUUCAGGGAUGGCGUUCCAUACCCAGCUGUAUCCGUAUGGAUUUCCUCACAAUACUUAUCCCGCAGCACCUCUGAUGGAUUAUCGUACGAACUCUUUCUUAACCCCACCUACCUCGUAUCCUUUAUUUGGACCUAUGAUAUACCCUCAUUGUUUAACCAAGGACUACUCUCCCAGUGCAUAUGGUCUGGGACCAGAAGCAGAGGAGAAUGACGGUGUAAAAGACGACCCCGAAGUCACCCUUGAAUCCAAAGAAUUAUGGGACAGAUUCCACGCUUUGGGGACAGAAAUGGUUAUUACCAAAUCCGGAAGGCGUAUGUUCCCUGCAUUUAAAGUUCGUGUCAGUGGCCUGGACAAAAAAGCAAAGUAUAUUCUCCUUAUGGACAUAGUCGCUGCAGAUGACUGUCGGUACAAGUUCCACAACAGCAGGUGGGUGGUGGCAGGAAAAGCCGAUCCUGAGAUGCCCAAGAGAAUGUAUAUUCACCCAGAUUCCCCUUCUACAGGCGAGCAAUGGAUGCAGAAAGUAGUAUCCUUCCAUAAACUCAAGAUCACCAACAAUAUUUCAAACAAGCACAGUCAUACAAUAUUAAAUUCUAUGCACAAAUACCAACCCAGGUUCCAUGUCGUUCGAGCUGAUGAUAUAACGAAACUACCCUUCAAAAAAUUUAGAACUUUCUCCUUUGAUGAAACAGAUUUCAUAGCUGUAACAGCUUAUCAAAAUCAAAAGAUCACAAAAUUAAAGAUUGAUCAUAACCCAUUUGCUAAAGGUUUCCGAGAAUCUGGUGGUUCCAAAAGAUUAAAACGGAAAAGUACAGAUGAUUUCUUUUUUGAGAAAGAUGAUGAGAAACUUUCUGAAGAUAAUAAAUGGGCAUCGAUAGAUAAGAAAACUUGUCCACCAAAUAAGGAAUCAUGUAACGCAACUGAUUCUAGAGAAUUAUCUUCAGCAUCACCGGAGUGCGCUAAAUCUGAAGAAGUCAAAGAAAGGGACACUUCUCCAGUAACCUUUCAAUCAGGCAAAAUAACUUCUCCCGGAUUUAACAGUUUCUUGGAACGCUGUCUUGGUGAGCAUCACGCUAUGAAUAAACAAGACACUAAUCAUACUCAUUUCAAUGCUUUCAUGACACCUUACAACUUACAGUGCUGUUCUGGACCAUGCGAUUUUCAAAGGAUACCUAAUCUGGACUUAUACAAGACUACUGCACCAGACAACUCAUAUCCUUUGCUUCAUCCCUCUGGAAUACCAAAUCACAAUAUGUUUCUGAGUAAUAAUAGAUUUCCAAUUAAACCUAGUCCUGUGAUCGGUUUCCCGACAAGUGGAUACCACAUGUUGAAUUCUGUUCCUGAAACUGAUUCAUUAUUACAGACGGACGAGUACAGACGUUUACUACUGAGUGCGUCUCUCUCUCAACAAAGAUACUUUCCAUAUUUAUUUCGGUGACGAAUCAAUGAACUUUGCAACUAGUUGUUAAAAAGCAUAUUUUGAUUGCUUGGUUGUUUAAAAUUAUUUAUUUAACUCCAGGAAAUAGAAGAUACGUGUCUAGGGUAUCUGCUGGAACUAUCUGCAAGAUCUUUAUGAAGAAACUGAAAUGAAGUUUCGAAUGUUCAGGCUAUUCAUGUGUAUCGCCACUAUGCAGUAAACUCUUGUGAUAUUUCACGGCUAAGAAAAUUUGUGAUUUUGUAACAUAUAAGACUAUUUAAGAUUUCACUGUCACAUAGAAUUAAUAUGCAAAGUAUUAGUGCAAAUGAACAAGGCUGCAUAGCUGAUAUUUUUCGAGUUGCAAUAAGAUAUUUUAUCAAAGAUAGUACCGAAGAACUGGCGUUUACAUUUGUAUAUAAAUCAUUUAUGCAAUUACUUUCAUUUUGCUUUUAUGGGAUAACUGAUAACAAUUAUAGUAUAUAACGAAUAAAGAAAAGAUAAUCUUUUUCUUUAAUCAGUAGUUCAUUUCCCAAUAACGGAUGAUGAAAAACUGAUAACUUUCUUUCAAGACAAUCACUAAUGAUAAUGAUAAUCUCGUUGAUGGCUCAGAGUUUAAAUAAAGAAUAAAAUCAUUCGAGUAUAAAUCAUUAUGAGAAAUUUUACGACAGAUAUGUCGUAAAAUUUCAAUAAUAUGUAAAUGUAUUAUUCUUCAUAAAUUUUAUGUCUUCUUUUAUACAAUCUUUUUUUGAUGACUCAAAAAAAAAAAAAAAAAAAUGUCUCUCCGAGGUAUUUACUGUUUUUAUUUCGAAGAUCCUGGCCACUGCCGCCCUUAAGUGGCAAUAUUUUCUAUCUUGCUUUGCAAAACUAAUUAUUGCAUGCUUCUUCCGAAGCGAUCCAGCUCUUAAAUAAUUCAGUCAUUUCUUCAUUAAAUGAAUCAAUAAAUAAAUUUACUAUGAAA